GCAGGGCAGCCGCAUCUCCUCGCCUUGGCGCCCUUGUUCUCCUCGUGGUGGCCGCCGCAUUGACAGGGGGUCCACUCUUUGCGGUGGAGGCUUCGAACAAGGAGCCGGAAGGACUCGGCAGAAGUCCAAAACCCCGCAGCGUUUUCAUCGCAAACCUCCCUUGGAGCAUCAGGGGAAAGAAUCUCCGAGGCAUGUUUUCAGAGGUGGGGACGGUGCUGCGUAGCGAAGUGGAGAUGACGGGUGCGCAGUCCCGAGGAUGGGCCACCGUCACAAUGUCUACUCCCGAGGAAGCCGAGAAGGCCGUCGAGAAGUUCGAUGGCACGACAGUCCAAGGAUGGAACAAGGGGAACACUACUGAGAGGAAGGUGAAGGUGGCUCUGAGAAGCGAAGCCUGUGGGUCAACAACGUCCCAUACAACGCGACGCCAGAUUCAAUAA